AAACACAUCCAUCAGAGCCCCUUUGGUGAGCAUCCAGACGUCGCAGCCAAUGGAACUGGUCUGCAUGGACUUCUUGACUCUGGAGCCAUCCAAGGGUGGUCAACAGUAUGUGUUGGUCAUUACUGACCAUUUUACCCGGUACGCUCAAGCCUAUCCGUGUCGGAAUACAUCAGCCAAGACGACAGCAGACUUGUUUUUCAACAACUUUGUCAUCCAUUAUGGUCUACCCAAGAGGAUUCAUUCCGACAAAGGAGCCAAUUUUGUUGGUAAGCUGAUGACAGAGCUGUGCCUGCUGCUUGGGAUCGAUAAGUCGUCCACAACACCCUACCAUCCCAUGGGUAAUGGGAUGUGUGAACGAUUCAACCGGACCCUAUGUGAUAUGUUGGGAACUCUGGAACCAGACGCCAAGAGGGACUGGAAGGCUCAUGUUGGACCCUUAGUCCAUGCAUACAAUUGCAUUCGACAUGAGUCUACCGGACAUUCCCCCUUCUUCCUUAUGUUUGGGCGUUGCCCAAGACUUCCAGUGGAUCUAGCAUUUGGACUUGACAUCCAGCCAAGCAAGCCCAAGUCACUGCAGCAGUACACAAAGUCAUUAAGAGAACGACUCCAAGAGGGAUACCAUCUAGCUUCACAGAACAGCAAGGAAGCACAGCAGGAUCAGAAGACCUACUUUGAUAAGAAGGCAAGAGCAGCAAUUAUAGAGACUGGUGACCGAGUUCUGGUUAAAACCGUCGCCUUUGAAGGAAGACACAAACUAGCAGACAGGUGGGAAGGUGACAUAUACACAGUUCUUCGUCAGCCGAACCCCUCCAUCCCUGUCUAUGUGGUCGGAAAGGAGAAUGGUGAAGGUAGGAAGAGAGUGUUACACCGGAAUCUUCUACUUCCCAUUGGUGCACUCCCUGUACCGGAUCCACCAGCACCAGAACCACCGAGACCUAUCCCGAAACCAAGAAUAUCAAAGAGACUUGCUAUUCCAGUCAAGGAACCAGAGGAUGACGAGUCAGACAUAUAUUUCCCUUCGUCUGAGCCGUCAGUGUCAGCUGCGGAUACAGCUGAUAGGCCAACUGAGGCUAGAGCAGAAGUUGAAGAUUCUGCAUUGGACGAAGAUGAUUUAGUUGGAGAUGCAGUUGGGAGCCAGCCAGAUCAGCCUGAAGAUAUUUCAGCUGAGGUUGAUCCUGCUGCAGAGGAGAUAUCAGAUGUGGAGACCACUGACGCAGAUCCGGGUGCAGCCCCAGAAGAACCUGCCAAUGUGGAAGAUGAUCCUGAGUUAGCUGAAGAUGUGCCGGCACAGCAACCCAGAAGAUCAGGGAGGACUCGGACACAGCCACGGUGGAUGUCUAGCGGUGAGUAUGUCAUGUCUGCAGUUCCGCAUCCCGACUGGAGGAACAGAGCUGAGUAUCUCAGUUCUCUUAUCAACGCUGGAGUGCUUGCCAACGACAGUACUGAUGUACAGAAUGCAUUUCUCUCCCUUGUUUUAGGCAGAUGAUGAGGACAUCAUUUUCAUGCCGGGGGGAAGUGUGUAGCAGGUGUAUAUAUUUGUAUUUUAGUCUUUUUGUAAAUAAAUCUAUUUCAAGUUUUGUUUCUGUUGAACUUUAUUCAACAGAGGUGUGUGUUUGUUUUUAUCCCAUCAUUCUAAGUCAAGGCCUCAGUGAUCAAUCACAACCCAAGCUCAACUACAUUCUUUGUCCAGCCCUCUGCUGAUCAAUCACACCCCAAGCGAUCCUGUGAUUGGCCACAUUCAAACUUUACCUUCUUGCUCUGACUAACUCCAUAUUGCCACCUUCACUAUGCACUGCACUGGGAGUAUUCAUAGAUCACCACAAAAGGUUAGUUUAUAAUUUAUCGUUAUUUCUAAAUAGUAUUAAAUAGUAAUCAAAGAUUAGGCAUUAUAAAUAAGCAUCUCAGAAGUAAUUAUAUUUACAUUGAAUCACAUAUUUCUAUUAAUGUUGAUGUUUUGAAUGAAUGUGGUUUAGAGGCUGAACUUUAAACCUAAGCUUUAGUGUAUUUUAAUAUUAUCUUGUAUACAUGCCAAGUUAUAUCUACAUUAAUGGAAUUGCACCAACUAUGCAUUUUGUUAUUCAUUUCAUUGUAUUUAGUCACUCUAAGUAUUUAUUCCUGCUCUUUCUUCUGCAGGACAUAGCAUGAAUGGUGACAUUUCAAGGGUAACACGUUUUACACCCUUGUGCCACACAUAGGGGUGACUAUCGUGAUUAUAAUAAACAUAAGCCUCACACCCCGUAGCCGUCUUGGUGUCAUCUGUUUAAAAUAAUGGAUAAAGCCAAGAAAACCCGGUUACAAU